UUGAUAAUCGUGAAACUAUUCGUCGACAUCCACGAAAGGAAAUCCUGACAUUAGCCUCGGGUGGUACAGAAAUCCGACCAGAAGAUGUCGCUAACGUCCUGUCAUACGAACGUGCUACCAAAUUUGACCGUAGAGGUUGGAGCAAACUUGUAACCCCAGAAAACCCUUGGGAUACAUACAAAGUUCAGAGGCCACCAGAAGAUCAUUUUGGUAAACCUAAAGACAGUAGAAUUACUCGGGCAUCUGAAGGUCACAGGUCAAUGCAAGAAUACUUUGGUGGACAAUAUGAAUAUCAUAAGCCACAUGAAUCACAAACAAACCAACAACGAAAAAGUGUGGUACCGGUGAACGAGUACACGUCGAAGUCUACAAAUAUUACUCUUCCUUCGGGGACUCCAGUUAUUUCCAUCAACCAGGUGGCUGACCACAUGCAGAAAAUUGGUGACAAUGUCCAAACAAUGCCAACAAAGGUGAUUUCUUCAAGGCAAACGAAUAAAAAGGUCAAAGUUCCUCAGAGAAAUCCUGACCGACGAGAGAAAGCUUCACAAUGGUCUAAUACGAGAAACUUGUUUCGAGAAAAAAGCAAAUCAACCAGUCAUCUAGUGAGAGAGGAAUUCGAAGACGCCCCCUGGUUGCAAAGUGUCCUACCACAAGAAUCCUCUUAUCAGAAAUCAAGAAAUCUGUCUGAUUAUGAUAUCAGGCAAAAUUUUAGGGAGGAAAGUUACACAACAGAACUUUCAACAAAGACUUCAGCUAAAUCAAAAACGCCAUCUUCUGCGGAAGUUCAAAGAAAUACACCAACUAAACCAAAAAUGCCAUCUUCAGCAGAACUUCCAAGAAAGACAUCAGCUAAAUCAAAAACGACAUCUUCGGAGGAACUUCAAAGAAAUACACCAACUAAACCAAAAAUGCCAUCUUCAGCAGAACUUCCAAGAAAGACAUCAGCUAAAUCAAAAACGCCAUCUUCGGAGGAACUUCAAAGAAAUACACCAACUAAACCAAAAAUGUCAUCUUUUGCGGAAGUUCCAAAAGAAAAGACAUCAUAUAAAAUCGGACGAGAUAAUUACCAUACUUCUAAGGAAUCAAUGAAUAGUGAUUUCAGCCUUAAAUCAGAGUCAGUAUUUCGCUGUUCUGAGAAGACCUUUGAGCAGUACGAACUGAUUGAAGGGAAGCGUAAGAUUCGCCGUAAGAUAACAAAGUCCACGGACUUUAGCAGAGUGUCCAGUAAGUCUAGCAUCAACGACGAGGAAACUCGGUCCAAAGAAUCCGAACAGCAACGCAGUCCCACUGAAGAGAAAACUUACACAGAGACCAUUCUGGAUAUUAAAGUCGAUAACAAUAUAAGUACACGUUACGUCACCGCUGAGGCUGAUCGAACUCCAAUUCUCAAAGAAAUUGAAAAUCGAAAUGUCCCGGAAACGAACGACCGAGAACCGGAAACACUCGGGAAAUACAAAAGUAUCGAUAGCGGUGCCAUCUAUGUGAAACGGUUGAAACAAUCCAUCUCGCCUUUCAGCAAAGAAACAAAUGUCCAGGCGAAAUCUCGAAGCCAAAAAGCAAAUGACCAUCACAGCGACCAUACUCAAUCUAGAGAAAUGUGCCAAACCAGCAGAAAGCAAAAUGAAAAUCCGCCAGGGGAUUAUUCAACAGGAAAGUUGACAAACGUUCGAGUAUGUCAUUUUACCACAGAAAGGGAACAAAAACACAAAUUGGAACGAAACACCCUGGAUCACGCUGGUCUUAAGCGGUCGAUAAGCGCAACAAGAGAAAACGUAGAAAAUGAAUUAGAAAGCAGAUGGGAUGAAAAGCGAAAAAGGGAAAACCAGUUCAUAAAUGCAGGCAAAUAUAAUUUCCCUCCAGCGGUGAACACUGUAACUACACGGGAGAUAGCGACAAACACGGUAGCGUCAGCUUUUAAAAACAAAACUAAUUCAAAUCAAAAACCUGUGAAAUCGGAACUGAUGGACAAGAUGACCAGUAGGCGGGAGAAAAACUUCGACUGGGAGAACUAUGAAAAAAAACUACAGUCGAUGUUAAUGAAAAAAGAAGAUUUGUCUACUCUUAAAGUGCAGACAGAUUCCGACAAAAGCUCCGAAGAAACACGUACAGCUUCUAUAAAACCGAAACUUUUUGCCUCUAUAAUUAUCAAGCCACCAGGUGGAGAUUUAAUAGAAAAAGAAUUUUCCAGUGCAGAUAAGGUAGAAAUGAUACAUUCUGGAUCAACAAAGAAACGGGAGUUUAGUUAUUUACCUUAUCCUCAAACUUUCCCAAAAGACCUUGGAAGCUGUGAGGCACCAGACAACAAUGAUGAUAACAAAGAUCAUCUUGGUGUCUAUCAUCAGGCUCACUGGAAGAAGAGCGACACGGUGAAGAAAAACUACAAAAUAUCCAACGACCCUUCGCCUAAUGACGCUUUGAUCAACGACCUGGUGAAGAAAAACUACAAAAUAUCCAACGACCCUUCGCCUAAUGACGCUUUGAUCAACGACCUGGUGAAAGUUUCUGACCACGAUGGCCAUAACUGCGGUCAGUUUCCUGUUGGCACAGUAAAACAAGGUUACUCCAAUGAAAUUUAUCAGGAGGAAGCCAUCUUUAGACAAAGUAGAAGGGCACAGGAUGAGCUAACAGGAAGAGAGGAUGACAUCGAGAGUGAAGACCCUGUUUGUGGCCCAGCUUGGCUUCAAAGGGAAAAGCGACAAAGGGAAGAAGCGGACUGGGAAACGUUUGAACAACGACAACAUUUGAAAUACUCUCGACAUGAGGCGCUCGAGUCUAGUGACGUAAAACAAACGGGACGAAACAGAUUUGACUGGCCUAAAGUAGUGGGAGUCCGAAUUUAUUCGACACCGUUGGAAGAGCGGACCCCACACCAAACAAACACAGUUGAUACAGUGAAAGACGUGGUUAACGACACAGCACACCGGUUCACCAAGAACCCAUUAUCACAUUUGGGCAUUGUAGCAAGAGGCAUUUCAGUCCGAAGGGAAGAAAAUCUCCAAAGCGAAUUACAGAACAAAGAUCGCGACACUUUAUCAGUCUCGGACCAAAAGCCUAACGAAGAAAGACAUUCGGCCUGGAGAGACCAAUACGAAUCACUAUCGAGAAACAGAGACAACGAAAACAAAAGUGCACAAAUUUCUGGAGCCAAAGGUGCUACGUCCGAUUGGAAAAACGACAACGAUGAAAAUGUAUCAAACUGGAGAAAGAACGAUGAUAAAAUCGCUUUAUCUUGGGGAAGAGGAAAUGACAAUGAUACAGGAGAGUAUAUAAAAAGAGGGGAUUCUGUAUCAGAGAAACAAUACGAAUCGUACACACCAGAACUGUUGAAAGAGUAUGGAUUACAACUCAAGUUAUCCUCUUUGGAACAGUUGGGAAAAGAUUUGAACGAUGACGCAAGAUCUCGAGCUUGUCCCGCCGUCGCUUGUGAUUCGUCAGAGGAGAAGAAUGUACAAGAGGAAGCUUUAACAACGAAAAAAGUCAGGUUUGAUUUCGAGGAAAGUUUGGAUACAACUUUUACAUCAAAGAGGAAUUCUCGGAGUCUCGUGAAAAGCUCUACUUGUGUUAUAGGAUGGAACUCAGGAAUAGCCCCAUCUACUGGCACAACUUCGCAAGAAUCUCAGCAAAUAAAAGAAGAUUUAGAAAGGUAUAGGCUUAACCAGUCGUGUCAACUUCCAGAACCUGAAGCUGUCGGUUCAGUACCAACUAGAUAUCGUGUCAGCACAUGCGCAAUGAAUGAUAAUCGUGUUGAUAUGACCUUUCCUUCGCGUUCCGCAGCUCCAGUCGCCAGCUUUAAAAAUGAAAGAACGUGCCGCCACUCCUUAGAAGGGAGUGCCAGCCAUAUCAACUUAUCUAAUAGUCAAGUGCUUAGGCAAAACCUGCACUGUAAUGGUGCGGGAAGUGAUUUCAUCCCGCCACAGGUGAAAACAGGAUAUGACGUUAUUAACUCGAACAUCAACUUGCCCAGAAAUGUCGCCUCGUCCCCCACUGGCGAAAGAAACGUGUCAAGAGAAACUAGACAAUUAAGAUAUUCCUCCUUCGUUACAGUGAAAUCACGAGACAAUGACAGGUCAGAGGUCUCCGAUAUUUGUCAAAUGAACAAAAAUAUGUCAUGUGAACAACUACAACGUUUCCCUGACGUCGACGAUCAAGAAUCAAGAAAUGUUGAGUGGGUUAGGCUGGCUGAAGCAAGACAACAAAGAGAAUUCGACUGGUCCACACUCGAAAACCAGCAUAAGCCAACAUCUACGCCAGUACACUGGUUAGAUCAUAUCCACCUCAAGAACACUCGAACAACUAUUGGUAGUAUACCAAACACGUCAGAUGACGUUGAAUUGCGUCAUGCGCAGGAGGUGGAGAAAGAAAACUUCAGUCGUCAGGCUUCUGAUAAUAAAAGUGAAUGGCAUGGAACGUUAUUAAAUCAGCAAAUGAGAGAAGAAAUACAGUAUGAAGACGAAACUAAAGAUUUCACGAGACACGAGCACUGCAAUCGUUUGGCGACAACUAGCGGUAAUGAGUCACAUCUAGAACAAAGCAAAAAUCAAACAGGAAAGUUAGAAGUGAUCCUCGAUUUAAUUGAGACCUGGAGCCCUAUUGAAAAAACUACUUCUAAGCUUGAAAAUUCGUUUAGAGAUGACGAUCCAUAUAUAAGUGAUUUCAAAGUGGGGGAUGUAGGGGUUAACUCUUUCUCUGGGGCACAAAAGACAGAAGCCAGAACUGUUCCUGGAGUGGUAGAUAUAGAGAUUAACUCUUACUCUGAGGCACAGAAGCCAGAAUCCAGAACUGUUCCUGGAGUGGUAGAUAUAGAGUUUAACUCUUACCCUGAGGCACAGAAGACAGAAGCCAGAACUGUUCCUGGAGUGGUAGAUAUAGAGAUUAACUCUUACCCUAAGGCACAGAAGACAGAAGCCAGAACUGUUCCUGGAGUGGUGGAUAUAGAGGUCAAAUCUUACUCUGAGGCACAGAAGCCAGAAUCCAGAACUGUUCCUGAACUAGAAGCUGUGGAAGUUAAAUCGUCGUCUAGGAUAGAAUUUACAGAUGUUCCUACAGUGGAGGCUGAAGAAGCUGAAACUUCACUUAGGCUAUACAACGAAAAACUACAAGAACAAUUAGUCUCAAGUGAAACAAUGACAUUUUUUCAACCAAGUCCACACAGUUCAAAAGUUAGCCAGAUAUCUAACUUUGGAGAACAAAAACUUUUCAAUCCCAUAUUUAACUCUCGGAAAUUUCUGGAGCUACGUGAAUACGAAAAUGGAUCGAAUAAUCUGACAGAAAAAUCUGAAGUUCAAGAAAAGUUAAAAACUAUUUUCAAAAAUCGCCCCAGUAAAAUUGAAUUAAAGAAAAUUUUAGAAUCAAAAGAUGGGCAGGAAUGGUUUUCAGAUAUGCCAGAAGUUCCUCAAUCUAAGGUUGAAUUAAAAGAUGGGGAGGAGUAUUUUUCAAGAAUUCCAGAAGUUUCCGAGUCUAAGGUUGGGUCCAAGAAUGAACAGAAAUGUAUUUCAAACAUUGCCGAAGUUCUUGACUCUAAGAUGGAACAAAAAGGUGGGCAGGAGUAUUUUUCAAGAGUUCCAGAAAGUCCAGAACUACAGACAUUUGAAGAAGUCCAACAAAGAACAGCAGAGGAAGAUUAUGGUAAGUCAGCGUUGGUUAUUCCUCUAAGUGAGAGACCAAAACAUCAUUUUCAUAUGAAAAAGAAGGGCAAGUGUUUCUUACACUGGUCAUCUUUAAAAACAAAAACCAGGUCAUAAAUUAACGAGGUU